AUGACCAUUAAACUCAUUGGACAUCCCGGCUCAGGUCCUACUCUUAGGGUUAGUAUGACCCUUAAGGAAUUAGGACUUCCUUACGAAUUCGAAGUUCCAGCUGAUCGUCAAGCUAUAAAAACUGAUGAUUUUCUCGAUAAUAAACACCCAUUUGGAAAAAUCCCAGUCCUUAUUGAUGGAGAUUUUACCAUUAACGAAUCUCGUGCAAUUUGUCGUUACCUAGCAUCUAAAUACCAAGGCAAACAUAAUGCUACAAUCUUGAUUCCUACCGAUGUUCAUAAAGCCGGAUUAGCCUCGCAAUGCAUUUCUUAUGAAUCAUUUUAUUAUGACCCAGCGAUCACAAAAAUCGUACAUCAAGAAAUAUACGCUAAAAAAUUAAUCUCGCAAUGCAUUUCUUAUGAAUCAUUUUAUUCUGACCCACCGCUCUCAAAACUCGUGCAGCAAGAAAUAUCCGCUAAAAAAAAAUUUAAUAAAGACCCGGACCAAGAAGUUAUUAAGCAAGCUCGUGAAGAACUUGCUAAGGUUUUAGAUGUUUAUGAGAAGAUUUUGGAGGGAAAAGAGUAUUUGAAUGGCGAAUUUUCUUUAGCUGAUCUCUUCCACACCCCUAGUACUCAUUACAUCUAUAGUAUGGAGGCACAUUCUAAAUUAUGGGAUAGCAGGCCUAAUGUUAAAAAUUGGUGGAAUAGGUUGCGUAAUAGGGACGCCAUUAAAAAAGUUUUGGAUGAAAUCAAAAGUUAA